AUGCAACUUCUCCCAAAAGCAGUGAAUUCCCCCCAGUCCUCUUCGCGGCCACUAACCACCAAUCUGACAAGCAAGUUCCAGCCCAGCGUGUACAAGGGUACAGACGGGAAAUAUUUCGCGGAGCCGGCCGGCAACCGAAGCGACUACUACUGGGUCACUGUAUAUUUCUCUGAAGACCUCGAUCAUCGCGGCAUCCCAGAUUCAGAAAUUAUGCUGUAUGUACAGAAUAUGAUUGCAAAGGGCCGCUUUACUAUAGACGAUCAGUCAAUGCAUGGUUUAGGGAAAAAGUGUCUCUCGAUCCCUAUCAAGCGCGAUCUGGAUACCCCUCUGCCCAAGUCCUAUACACCUGAUCCUACACAUCCCGAUCUUCUUCUUGCUGAGGAUCUUGCGGGGUAUUGGAGGGACCAGAUCGCGUUUAAGAAGGUUACUCUAGAUCAACGGAUGAUUUUUGUGGAUACUCGUCGUAAGGUGGCGAAGUUAGAAGAUAUGUUGGAUGUAGGAGUUACUCUGAUGGAUCCCUGGCGUAUUUAG